CCGUCAUCAGUUGUGUCCGAUCCACGCCUUGCGUCUCAUCCACCGUUCCCUUCGGUGCUUGGCUGCUUGUCAUCAGCCGAGUCUACUGCUACUGUUGGUAAUUCAUCCCUUCCACUAUUGUCACAAGCUUCAUCCAGCUCAGUGUCGUACUCUGGACUUUCAAACCAACCUCAAGUAUCGCAGAUAUCAUCAUUUCAACUCGUUAAUUCUCCACCACUUUCUGGCUUAGCACGAAUGCAAGACACGCAAACGCCUCAAUCAAAUGGCAAUCUUUCACAGUGGUUGCACGAUUCGUCGUCAAAUUUUUCUACAUCACUACCCACGGCCGCACCAGGGACAAUAACAGAUGUUGCAUCUGUAUCUGGCACUACUAAUUCCCUUCAAACACCAAUUAUUUCCAGUCAGCUGCAUGGUAACCAAACAGCAAGCAGAAUGACCGGUCCCCCUGUUCUUGGAAGCCAGCUAUCAUCGUUAAAUACUAAUCCGCAAACCAGACCAUCUUCACAACCUACCACACAUUCUGAAAUGUUGCCACCACCACCACCGAAUGUGCUUCCAUCGUUGGGGGUACCACAUUUAAACAAUUUUGUACCGGCUGCAAUACCACCUUAUACUGUAAUGUCCGCAACUUCCGCUUCAUCACCAGCAACGAUUCCAUUUUCUCCUUGCUCUUUCACUGUCCCACCUCCAAGAGCUAUAGUUAUGCCACCACCAAAUUCUUUAAAUAUACCUCCACCUAGUGUUAUGGAAUGUCCACCACUUCGCGCUUUUCCUCUAAGCACUAGCAGUUUCUCUCCAACUACUCCUUUGGUUCCAUGUACAUUUUCCUCGCCGUCGCCGUCAAGUUCUAGUUCUACCACAGUAGCUUCUGCCACUGCUCCAGUUUCCAGAAGGCCGUUAACGAAUGGUGGCAACAGUAACAGUAUUGUCGAUUCAGUAAAAGUUAAUGGUGAUUUACGACACGAACCUAGAAAGCAUACUGAAAAUUACGGUGUCGUAAUGGAUGGCUCUGGAGACCGCCGACCAUUUGGAGGAUUUCGUGGAGAUGAAGACAUUGGUCGCGGAGGUUUGCGAGACCCUCAUGGACGCGACAGAGAUCGUGAACGCAGUGGUAAUAGAGGAUUGCAACAGCAGCUUCAUAAUAACGGUGGUAGGCGUUAUUCUAGUGAUAAUCGUAAUCGUAUGACUCGUUAUAGAGAUUAUGAUGAUGAUCGUCGUUCUCGACGUUAUGAACCAUCGCGCGAUGAUUUUAAUCGUAAUCGGAGAUGA